CUGAGACGCCACCACCAGCUGCUCAGAGGGUCCGGCCGGCUGACGGCCGCCGAGAUGGGCGCUUGGGCCCUGCUGCUGCCACUGCUCAUGGCCACGGCUCAGGCCCAGGUCUGCUCUGUGAACAACAACUUCUUCGAAGUCCAGGAGAACACGAAUCAGAGCGGGCCCCUGGCUGACAUCUACGUCCCCAAGGGCCAGCAGGUGACCCUCGGCCCAUCGUCCACCCCCUACGCGUUCUGGAUCCAGGGGACUCAGCUGUUUCUCAAUGUGACUCCUGACUAUGAGGAGAACACGAUGCUGCAGGCGCACCUGGAGUGCAGAAGUGGAGACACCGUGGUGACCCAGCUGAGAGUGCUGGUGUUCGUGCUGGACAUCAAUGACAACGCGCCCGAGUUCCCCUUUAAAAUCAAGGUGAAGAAAAUACCUGAGGACACUAAAGUGAAUACCACUGUCAUCCCUGAGACGGAACUGGAGGCCCGGGAUCUCGACAAGGAUGACAUCUUGUUCUAUACCCUCCAGGAGGUGACCCCGGGCGCCAGUAACUUCUUCUCCUUGGUGGGUACCAACCUCCCUGCCCUGCGGCUGGACCAGCCACUGGACUUCUACUCAUGGCAGAACAUUACCUUCCGGCUGCUGGUGCGGGACACACAGGAGGAGAAUGCAGAGCCCAGCCACACGGCCACAGCCACCUUGGAACUGAAGGUGCAGCCUGCUGACCUUCGCCCCCCCUGGUUCCUGCCCUGUGGCUAUUCAGACCCUUACAUCUGCAUCAACGCUGAGUACCACGGGGCUGUCCCCCUGGGGCACAAACUGCCAGCCCCCCUCGUCCUACAUCCUGGGCCCAUCCACGCCGUGGACGGGGAUCAGGGCAUCAACCAGCGCAUCCUCUACAGCAUUAUGCAGGGACAAGAUGGCACAUUUGCCAUCGAUGCUGACUCGGGCAACCUUACCAUGACCAGAAGCGUCCCCAGCCCAAAGACCUUCACUCUGCUGGUCAAGGGUGAACAGGCAGACCGUGCCCGCUACUCGGUGACCUGGGUCAGGAUCGAGGCCCGAAAUGCCACUGGGAGCCUACCCUACUUCCCCAAGAGCCGGUACCAGGGCCGGGUGGCGCGCGGCUCUGGAGCAGGCAUGGAGGUCAAAGACGCAACCGCCCCCUCCCUGCCUCUGAGGAUCUGGGCCCAGGACCCUGACUUUCCGGACCUCAACUCUGCCAUCACAUAUCGCAUCACCAAUAACACCAACUUCCGGAUGGAUGGCGAGACUGUGCUGACUGCUGCCCUGCUGGCCGAUGAGGGGGUCUUCUAUGCAGAGGUCGAGGCCAAUAACACAGUGACCGCAGGCACAGCAACCACUGUGGUGGAAAUACAGGUGCUGGAGUGGGAGGAGCCCCCGCCCACAGCCUCACCCAGCGGGGGCUCAACACAGACGCUAAAGCCAGGAACCUCUCAGCCGAUGCCCCCUGGGCCCAGCAGGACCCCACAGACCUCAGGGCCACCCCAGACUGGAGGAGGCAGCACUCCGGGGAACGGCGAGCCGGGGAUCAGCCACGUUGAGCACCAGCGCUUCUCUGUCGUGGACAUGGCGGCCCUGGGCGGGGUGCUGGGCGCGCUGCUUCUUCUGGCUCUGAUUGCCCUCCUUAUCCUCAUCCACAAGCACUACGGCCAACUGCUCAAGUGUUGCUCCGGAAAAGCUCCGGAUCGCCAGCCCCUCCGCUUUGACAACCAGGCCUUUGUUGCCCCCCAAGAGGACAACCGGGCGCCAGCUCCCCGCUCCUCACCUGGCCCCACCCGGGCUGCGGCCCCGGAGCCCCCGGAGCCCCCGGAGCCCCCGGAGCCCCCGGAGCCUGCGCCCCCAGAGCCCCCCAGCGCCGCGGCCGCGCGCCCUGCCUCAGAGUCCCCCGAGGUGGCCCGCGAUGGAGGCGGCCCAGCGGCUGUGAGGUCCAUCCUGACCAAAGAACGGCGGCCCGAGGGUGGCUACAAGGCCGUGUGGUUCGGGGAGGACAUUGGGGCUGAGGCCGACGUGGUGGUCCUCAACACGCCCGCCUCAGACGCGGCCCGCGCCGCCGACUCUGGCAGCGAGGUCAGCAGCGACGACGACGCGCCGGACGCCGGCUCCACCUACGUCUAG